AUGGAACAAGUUGAGCGCUUGACACGACACACCAACAAGCUCCAUUGCCCGUUGGCCACAUACCUGGUGGUAGCCAUUGCCUUGCAGCAAGUCAUAUUGUACGGCAAAAUAGGCGAAAAUGAUAAGGUGUCCAGCUUUCUCAGCGAUUUUGGCUGUCAUAACACGGCUGCGACAGCUAUUUAUUUCUAUGAAAUGGACUAUCGUCAAGUGAUUCUUACUUUGGACCAAGAGUGGGAUAUGUCACCUUUUGCUAUUCAACGCCCACCAAACCAAAUAAUAAACCAACUCGACGCGGGAACUUUGUAUCAAACGCUACCAACUUCGAGAAACCAAGCACCUAAUGAGGUGAUUAUUUUGGACGACGAGCAAGAUACAGUGAAACGAGAGUCCCCCGUUGCGCAUCGAUCUCCGGGACACAGACAUGAGUUCCGCGUGGAGGAAGCAGCGAGGCCAGUGCCAGUGCCAGUCACUGCGCCGAUACCGACAUCGAUACCUCUGCCAAUGCCAGUGCCAGUGCAAGUACCAGCACAAAUUACGAUGCCUAUCUCAGUGCCGAAUUCUGCGCCAACGUCGGUUCUCACGUCGAGGCCUACCAUGGUACGCGAGACUCUCAAAGAAGUCUUCCGUGGAGACAUCCUGAUGCAACUCCAGCCACUCCUAGAUCGACUCAAGAGCGAGAAUUGGAACGGCAUCAUUCAAGAAGAUAUCAAGAGAGUACUGACCGAAAAGAAUGUCAGGGUGUUGCCGAGUUUAGCAAAGAACAUGCUACACAUGUGGGCUACGAGAUCGCAAAAUGAAAUGCUGCUAUCCUGGCUUGAACAAGCUCGAGACGAUGUCGAUGUGUUUCAAUGGACGGAAAGAUUCACUGAGCCUGCCGCUCCUGCUUGGACGAAUCCCCAAUCAGCACAUUCAGUCUUUCACGAUGUAGAUGCCAUCAUUGCAAGAGUACCACAAUUGGAUCUUCGUGGUUUGCUCCAGGCUAAGAUGAGCACGCUGAGAGACAUCUUUGAUCAGCAAGAGAAAUCUCACAAGGAGGAAAUGCUGCACCGCGUUGACAGUCUACAAGUGGACAUUGCGAAGUUGCAUGGUGAGAUGGCGGCAUCUAAGCAAAUGUAUGGACAGGCUGUGGCUGAACCGGCUGCAGCAGAAGAAGAUGACGCUGAGACUGAUGAAGAGUUUGCGGUUCAUAUCAUUGAGGCGAAGAAACGGAAGGGAGAGAAGAAGCAGCGGAAAGGGGACAAGAAAGACGGAGAGGAGAAAAUGAAGAAGGAUAAGAAGAAGAAGACGAAGAGCGGAGAGGAUAUCAAGAAGAAGAAGAGAUCCCACCAAGAAAUGGAGCUGGAUUAG